AUGGGUAGGAAACGUCUAGUGACGGCAGCGGAGUGCGCCUUUAAAGCCUUCCUCAUUGCUGUGUCCUUUCUCUUGCAGCCCACGCCUGUCAUCCUCCUGAAGGAGGGCACAGACACCUCGCAGGGGGUGCCACAGCUCGUCAGCAACAUCAACGCCUGCCAGGUGAUCGCCGAAGCCGUCCGCACCACCCUGGGCCCCCGCGGCAUGGACAAACUCAUUGUAGAUGACAGAGGUAAGGCCACUAUAUCUAAUGAUGGCGCCACCAUUCUAAAACUCCUGGACGUGGUACAUCCCGCUGCCAAAACCCUGGUGGAUAUCGCCAAGUCGCAGGACGCCGAGGUCGGAGAUGGAACUACAUCUGUCACACUGCUCGCCGCUGAGUUUUUGAAACAAGUGAAGAACUAUGUGGAGGAGGGGCUGCACCCACAGAUCAUCAUCAGGGCCUUCCGGACCGCCACACAGUUGGCAGUCGCUAAAAUCAAAGAGAUUGCUGUCACAGUGAAGAAAGAGGAUAAAGAUGAACAGCGAAGCCUGCUGGAGAAAUGCGCUGCAACAGCCCUGAGCUCCAAACUCAUCGCACUCCAAAAGGACUUCUUCGCCCAAAUGGUGGUGGAUGCCGUGUCCAUGUUGGAUGAACUGCUGCAGCUGAAGAUGAUCGGCAUCAAGAAGGUGCAGGGAGGCGCCCUGGAGGACUCCCAUCUGGUAGCCGGAGUCGCCUUCAAGAAGACCUUCUCCUACGCCGGGUUUGAGAUGCAGCCCAAGAAGUACGAGUCUCCUAAGAUUGCCCUCCUGAACGUGGAGCUGGAGCUGAAAGCGGAGAAGGAUAAUGCAGAAGUUCGGGUCAGCAAUGUCGAGGACUAUCAGGCCAUUGUUGAUGCCGAGUGGAACAUCCUGUAUGACAAACUCGACAAGAUCCACAAGUCCGGAGCCAAGGUUGUUCUCUCCAAGCUUCCCAUUGGGGAUGUCGCCACACAGUACUUUGCUGACCGAGACCUGUUCUGUGCCGGCCGGGUUCCUGAAGAGGAUCUCAGGAGGACCAUGAUGGCCUGCGGUGGCUCCAUCCAGACCAGUGUCAAUGCUCUAAACGAUGAUGUGCUGGGUCUGUGCUCUCUGUUUGAGGAGGCCCAGGUGGGAGGAGAAAGAUACAACUUCUUCACCGGCUGCCCCAAAGCCAAGACCUGCACCAUCAUCCUGAGAGGAGGAGCUGAGCAAUUCAUGGAGGAGACAGAGCGAUCAUUACAUGACGCCAUCAUGAUUGUACGCAGGGCCAUUAAGAAUGAUUCUGUUGUUGCUGGCGGUGGAGCCAUUGAGAUGGAGCUGUCCAAGUACCUACGAGAUUACUCCAGGACAAUCCCCGGCAAGCAGCAGCUUCUCAUCGGUUCCUAUGCCAAAGCCCUUGAGAUCAUUCCUCGCCAGCUCUGUGACAACGCUGGAUUCGAUGCCACCAACAUCCUGAACAAGCUGAGAGCUAAGCAUGCGCAGGGUGGAACGUGGUACGGUGUGGAUGUGAAUAACGAGGACAUAGCAGACAACUUCGAAGCCUGCGUUUGGGAGCCGGCCAUCGUGAGAACGAAUGCUCUGACCGCAGCCUCAGAAGCCGCCUGUCUCAUUCUGUCUGUAGACGAAACCAUAAAGAACCCACGCUCCAAUAUGGAUGCAGGUCCCGGAGCUGGCCGUGGCAGAGGAAGGCCGCACCAGCACUAA